AGUCUGUGAGUCGCUGGGAGGCAGCGCGGCAGCGCGGCAGCGGCUCUGAGGAGUCCGCGUGCGGAGCUGCCGGCAACUCCGGCCCGGAGGGCCUGGGUUUAGGCCGGAGAGGCCGAAGCGGCGCCAGGAGCUCCGAGGCCGGAGCAGAGGAGGAAUGUGAGCAGGGGUCGGCGGGGGCGCGGGAGUACGCGAGCGGCGGGAUGGGGCAGCAGGUGGGCCGCGUCGGGGAGGCUCCGGGGCUCCAGCAGCCGCAGCCGCGCGGGAUCCGGGGCAGCAGCGCAGCCAGGCCCUCGGGCCGCAGGCGGGACCCGGCGGGGCGUACCGCAGACGCCGGCUUCAACGUCUUCACUCAGCACGAUCACUUUGCCAGCUGUGUGGAGGAUGGAUUUGAGGGAGACAAGACUGGAGGCAGUAGUCCAGAAGUUUUGCACCGCCCGUUUGGCUGUGAUGCUGAAUCUCAGGCACUGAAUGAAGCUAUCAGGUGGAGCUCCAAGGAGAACUUGCUAGGAGCCACUGAGAGUGACCCUAAUCUCUUUGUUGCACUUUAUGACUUUGUGGCAAGUGGUGAUAACACACUCAGUAUCACUAAAGGUGAGAAGCUGCGAGUCCUUGGUUACAACCAGAAUGGUGAGUGGAGUGAAGUUCGCUCCAAGAAUGGACAGGGUUGGGUGCCCAGCAACUACAUCACUCCAGUGAACAGCCUGGAGAAGCACUCCUGGUACCAUGGGCCUGUGUCCCGCAGCGCCGCGGAGUAUCUCCUCAGCAGCCUGAUCAAUGGCAGCUUCCUGGUCCGAGAGAGCGAGAGCAGCCCUGGGCAGCUGUCCAUCUCGCUCAGGUAUGAGGGACGUGUUUAUCACUACAGGAUCAAUACCACUGCAGACAGCAAGGUGUACGUGACUGCUGAGAGCCGCUUUAACACCUUGGCCGAGCUUGUUCACCACCACUCCACAGUUGCUGAUGGGCUAGUGACCACGCUACACUACCCAGCACCGAAGUGCAACAAGCCAACCGUCUAUGGCGUGUCUCCUAUCCAUGACAAGUGGGAAAUGGAGCGAACAGAUAUCACCAUGAAGCACAAACUUGGGGGCGGUCAGUAUGGAGAGGUUUAUGUUGGCGUCUGGAAGAAAUACAGCCUCACAGUUGCUGUGAAAACACUAAAGGAAGAUACCAUGGAGGUAGAGGAGUUUCUGAAGGAAGCUGCAGUGAUGAAGGAAAUCAAGCAUCCUAAUUUAGUACAACUGUUAGGUGUGUGUACCCUGGAGCCGCCGUUUUACAUUGUGACCGAGUACAUGCCAUAUGGGAAUCUGCUUGACUAUCUCCGGGAGUGCAGCCGUGAGGAGGUAACUGCCGUUGUGCUGCUUUACAUGGCCACUCAGAUCUCCUCUGCCAUGGAGUAUUUGGAGAAGAAGAACUUCAUCCAUAGAGACCUUGCUGCACGGAACUGCCUAGUGGGAGAGAACCAUGUGGUGAAAGUGGCUGACUUUGGUUUAAGUAGACUGAUGACUGGAGAUACCUACACUGCUCAUGCUGGAGCCAAAUUCCCUAUUAAAUGGACAGCGCCUGAGAGUCUGGCCUACAAUACCUUUUCAAUUAAAUCUGACGUUUGGGCUUUUGGAGUACUGUUGUGGGAAAUUGCUACGUAUGGAAUGUCACCAUAUCCAGGUAUUGACCUAUCUCAAGUCUAUGACCUACUGGAAAAAGGAUAUCGAAUGGAACAGCCUGAGGGAUGCCCCCCUAAAGUGUAUGAACUUAUGAGAGCAUGCUGGAAGUGGAGCCCUGCUGACAGGCCCUCUUUUGCUGAAACCCAUCAAGCUUUUGAAACAAUGUUCCAUGAUUCCAGCAUCUCUGAAGAGGUAGCUGAGGAGCUUGGAAGAACUGCCUCUUCCUCAUCUGUGGUUCCAUACCUGCCUCGAUUACCGCUACUUCCUUCCAAGACGAGGACCCUGAAGAAGCAGGGGGAGAACAAAGAGAACCUAGAUGGGGCCCUUGAUGUCUCUGAGAGCCUGGCCUCCAGCUCAGCACCAGGGUUCAUUAGAAGCACACAGGCCUCCAGUGGGUCCCCAGCUCUGCCUCGAAAGCAAAGAGAUAAGUCACCCAGCAGCCUCUUAGAAGAUGCCAAAGAGACAUGCUUCACUAGGGAUAGGAAGGGAGGCUUCUUCAGCUCCUUCAUGAAAAAGAGAAACGCCCCCACACCCCCUAAGCGCAGCAGCUCCUUUCGAGAAAUGGAGAACCAGCCCCACAAGAAAUAUGAACUCACGGGUAACUUCUCACCUGUUGCUUCUCUACAGCAUGCUGAUGGGUUCUCUUUCACUCCCGGCCAGCAAGAGUCGAAUCUGGUGCCAGCCAAGUGCUAUGGGGGGAGCUUUGCACAGAGGAACCUCUGUGGUGAUGAUGACAGUGGCGGGGGUGGGGGCAGUGGCACUGCUGGGGGUGGGUGGUCUGGUAUCACAGGCUUCUUUACACCUCGAUUAAUCAAAAAGACACUGGGCUUGCGAGCAGGUAAACCGGCAGCCAGUGAUGACACUUCCAAGCCUUUUCCAAGGUCAAACUCUACAUCUUCCAUGUCCUCAGGGCUUCCAGAGCAGGAUAGGAUGGCAAUGACCCUUCCCAGGAACUGCCAGAGGUCCAAACUCCAGCUGGAAAGGACAGUGUCCACCUCUUCUCAACCAGAAGAGAAUGUGGACAGGGCUAAUGAUAUGCUUCCAAAAAAAUCUGAGGAAGGUGCUGCUCCAGCCAGGGAGAGACCAAAAGCCAAACUAUUGCCCAGAGGAGCCACGGCUCUUCCCCUGAGAGCCCCUGAUCCAGCCAUCACAGAGAGUGACUCUCCAGGGGUAGGGGCGGCUGGAGUGGCAGCUGCCCCCAAAGGCAAGGAAAGGAAUGGUGGGACGCGACUUGGAGUCGCUGGAGUCCCAGAGGAUGGGGAGCAGCCAGGCUGGUCUUCUCCAGCCAAGGCUGUAGCUGUCCUCCCAACCACUCACAACCACAAAGUGCCAGUCCUUAUCUCACCCACUCUGAAACACACGCCAGCUGACGUGCAGCUCAUUGGCACAGACUCUCAGGGGAACAAAUUCAAGCUCUUAUCUGAGCAUCAGGUCACAUCCUCUGGAGACAAGGACCGACCCCGACGGGUAAAACCAAAGUGUGCCCCACCCCCACCACCAGUAAUGAGACUACUGCAGCAUCCGUCCCCAUGCUCAGAACCCGAGGAAGAGCCAACUGCCCCACCUGCAGGACAGCACACUCCAGAAACCCAGGAGGGAGGAAAAAAGGCAGCUCCAGGCCCAGUGCCCAGUAGUGGGAAACCUGGGAGGCCAGUCAUGCCUCCACCUCAAGUGCCUUUGCCCACAUCUUCCAUCUCGCCAGCCAAAAUGGCCAAUGGCACAGCAGGUACUAAGGUGGCCCUGAGAAAAACCAAACAGGCAGCUGAGAAAAUCUCAGCUGACAAAAUCAGCAAAGAGGCCCUGCUGGAGUGUGCCGACCUACUGUCCAAUGCAAUCACGGAACCUGUGCCCAAUAGCCAACUGGUAGACACUGGGCACCAGCUGCUCGACUACUGCUCAGGGUAUGUGGACUGCAUCCCUCAGACUCGCAACAAAUUUGCCUUCCGAGAGGCUGUGAGCAAACUGGAACUUAGCUUACAGGAGCUGCAGGUGUCUUCCACAGCUGCUGGUGUGCCUGGGACAAAUCCUGUCCUUAAUAACUUAUUGUCAUGUGUACAGGAAAUUAGCGAUGUGGUGCAGAGGUAGCCAUUGUCAGCCUAGUGGGGAAAUGCACACAUUCUGAGGGGAGAGGGAAAGGGACUCGUUUUCCUGUGUUCUCAUUCUCAAAAAGUGAAAGACUGAUACUUGAGUGUGUUUAUGUGAAGUACCUCAGAUCCCUGAGUUCUCACGUUUACAGGUUCAUCUCAAAACAGCAGAAAGAAAAUCACAUAAGUAGGUAAAAAGUCAGUUUGCUGGAGCAGGACAGUGUGGAUAGAGUUGGAAACUGCACUGGAAGAUAAGGGAGCAUCAUGUAUAUGUCACAGAAGUGUGCAGCCCUCCCUGUCUGGCGUGGCCUGUGGCCUCCAUUGGGCUGUCUCAGUUGUGCUGUACCACAAAACAGGCCUUGACCUGGCAGGUCCUGGGGGUUAUCUCACGUUUCAGUUCACUCUGCAAAUCUGGAGAACAGGAGAAAGCAGUGUGAGGGUUGUAGCAGGAGGUGUUUUAGUCAAGGCUGGUGGAAUCGGCUGUGGGUCUUGCUUCCAUGGUCUUUGCUGUUGUAGCAAGAACUGCAAAUUAGACUACCAGAGUACUCAACUGGGAAGCGUGGCCCUUUCCAUCUGCUCUGCCCUUUUACCAUGGGCGUGUCAGUUGGUGCACAAAGUCCAGAAUGCAGGAUAAGUUUAGUCAGGUGGACCUGCAAGCUCUCAUGCUGGUUAGCAGUCACUUCUUCCACUCUUCUGGCAUGCUGCUUGCUAAUGGGCCAGUAUCCACCUGCUACUUGUUGGUAGCUGUCUGUAAGCCAUGGGCAUAGGGGUGGUCUUAGUUCUCUGUCCUUUGUCGGGCAGUCUGUCUUCCUUCAUUCCUGGCAGCAUACUGGGCAUUACCCAGCAUCAAAGUUGAAAACAGUGCUCACUGCAGGUUCUCGUAUGCCCCCAAACACUGACACUACGGCCGCUUGAGCAGCUAUACGUAUGCUUUAGUUCAUUAAAACACCAAGCAGAUGCAGUACCUUUUUGAAACUGUGGCUGGCUUGGGGACCUGAGACUGAGCUUGUUCAGUCCACAUGCUGUUUGUACCUUUCCCUCCUUAUACCAUCUGUGUGGACAUAAGGGAAGCUGUUUUCACUGAGGGCUUGCCUCCACAGUAUUUCUCAUGUUCUUUUUCUUUGCUUACAUAUCAUCCCUAACUCCUUGUUGCACUUGGAGUUAGUGUUGGAAAUAUACUUUAUUUUCUCCUUUCAUCUCUAUUUUAAGAGUACAUAAUAGGAGAAGUUGGGUUAUUUUCAGGGAGCACCAAUUAGGCCCAGAAACCUAAGGUUUAACCUGAGAAUCGGUUUUGCCCUUCCCUAAUUACAGUUAUGGGAGCUAACAGAGUUACAUGGAACAGAACAGGUUAACAUUACUGAUGGUUUUGGUGUUGGGUCUAAUUCCAUUUCUGAUUUUUUUUUUUUUUUAAACUCUGUGAACACCCCUUUCAUUCUUCAAAGAGAACCAAUACAAAAUACAGUGAUUUUCCUUCUUCCAUAGGAAUAUUAAUGUAGGAAGAUGGGAACUGAGCACUAAGCAGUGUUUUCUUCCUGACUCACUGAUCUGCUGUCAAGUUGCUGCCCUGUCUUCUGAUCUAUUCAUUGAAGGCAGUAGCCCACAUUCUCAAGAGUGUUUUGCAGACUUAAUCUACCGCUCCCUCCCGCUGAGAGGCUCUCUGGGAAGCUCUUCAUUUAAUGUUGGGUCCUUGGGUCGCUUUUCAUUCUCUUUGCUGAAUCACAAAUAAGAAACUUUUGAACUACUGUUCUUACAGAAUGGGGCCAGAAUCCUAAGGGGAAACUAUUUCAAGUUGCAUAUGACAUCCUUGACCAAGGAAGAAAUUUAGUUUUCAAUUAGAAAAAGGAAAUUUGGAUGCCCGCCAUUGCUGCUCCAGAGAAGCUCAGGGUAAGAGGAGGAGGCUUGGGAUAAAGGAGGCAGCCCUGCAGUGGUAGUGUGUUCCCACAGCUGCAGCCAGGCAGCUAGGUUUCAGGUUAAUGCCCUGGAGUCACUGAAGAGAAUUCCCCCACCUUGUCGGCCACCAUUCUCCACAUUUUAGGAUUUAUAGGCUGCACCUAUAAACGUGAAUUAUUCUAGCAGUUAGCUUUGUGCGGUGGGGAGGAGGAAGUGAAAACUUGAGGAGGGCAUUCUUAAUGCUGCUUAAUGUAAUGCCGUCACCGCCGCCGCCGCCGCCACCACCGAAGUGGGAUGUCUUAAGGGAUGGUGGUGGUUUUGAGUUUGGGUCUCGUUUUUUUGUUUGUUUGUUUGUUUGUUGUUGGUUUUCCCUUCAGAGUCUGAAAAUAGGCUUCGAGAAACACUACUGAGUCCCUUGGCUGUUGCUUUUCUUAUUCUGAGGUGCUGAGUCAAGACCAUGUCUCACUCAAGCAUCUGCCCUGCUCACAGUGCUCAUCGCUGACUCCGUGAGUUGAGUUGACUUUUCUCUCCACACUGUUAUGAGUAACAUUAAGUGUUGUAGCACACUUUCUCCACAUGAUGCAUGAACUGUGUACUUUUCAGGGAUUGAGGCCUCAGGCCACAGAGGCACUGUCAACUUGCUUGGAAGAAUUAUUUACGUUUAUCUUGUGUCUACCUGCAAGGGACCAGCUUAAGAAAACAAAACAAAAAGUUUGAAUCUGAAGCAGCUUUUAGAAACUAAACAUGUAAUUAAUUAUGUAGCCUAAAAACAAAGCAGAGAGCAAGAGAGAGGGCUCUUGUGGUUGGUUCUGGCAACUCCUAAAGCCAUUUGACUGACCUAUGCAGAUCUUUGCAUUGCCACUGCUUGAUUACCUUCAUACACAGGUCUUGUGAUUUUAGUUGGAUUGCCCACCUUCAAAUGCAGUGUUUUUGUAUUGAAUAUAUCCUAAUUAUGCUUUACAGGAAGCUUUUCUUUUUAAAGGGUACAAUUAUAUUGUACAUUUUCAGGUGAGUUCCAUCAUGAUAUUCAGAGAGAGAGAGAGACCUUAAAAUUGUCUUUUGUAUAAGAUGUAUUUUGCAGUGAGAUGGACUGAAUGGAACAUGAUACACCAAGCUUUGAUCUGGCAUGUAAGAAACUGAUUUGGUCAUUUUCAGGAUGGCCUUUGUAAAAGGUCAUCAUAGUGGAUUGGAGACUAGUUUCCGGCCUCAUUUUAAGGUUUAAUUUAAAAAUGUUCCUAUUUAAAUCCUACUUAAAGUCCUCCUUAGUUGACAGUUGGCUAGUAAAAUCAUUUCCUGCUAAUGAAGACAGUGGUUUUUAAGCUUAGGGGUAUAGCAUUACCUAUAGUGUGAGGUGAUGUUUAUAGGAUGUAGCUCAGGUGCCCGGUGCAGUGACUACUCCAUGCAUGUUAGCUCCAUGCAGUAUUAACUCCUAACCCGGGAGCGCACAAAAAUCCUUUAGAGGUUUUUAAAGGAAAACUGAUGAAUUAGCCCCGCUUUGUUGGAAUUCCUGGUGGGAUGAGAGACUAGUUAGUGUACUUUCCAAGAUCUUAUCCAGGUUUCAAAAACUCCCCACUGAACACUGUACAGAAGAGGAGACUGGAGAGGACAGUUGUCACUAGUCCAUAUCUUAGAGCAGUUAAUGGCAGAGCUGAGGCUAGAAUUCAGGAGUCCUGACAUUUUGGCAUCUCUCCACAACCUGCUGCCUUGUGAGAUGCUCAAUUAGACAAUCGGUAUACAUGGCGCUGCACGCUUCUAAAGCACAGACCCUGGCAGGCCCUGGCCAGGCAGGGCUGCACAAGCCUUUAGUAGUACUCUGCUCUGAAGAGAACCUAGCACUGUUCUUCUAGACCUCAGGCACACAUAGAGCUCUGCACUUUGUAGUUGAAGAAUGUCAGCUUGGGUUGUUUAAAAACAAAAAGGAAAAAGAUCGGGGGAAAAAAAAACCUAGUCCUACACUCCCUUUUAUUCAAAAAGAAAUGUGUUCAGUGUCAUUUUAAUGCAUGUGAGGUAGUGUAUUUGAAAGCACCUUAAGAGAUUAAAUGCAUUCAGCCGUAAAGCUGAAUUAUGAAUGUCUGUAGAGGAUAAGCAGACCUGGACCUGCAGCUAGAGACUCACCACCUCUGUCGUUUGUUACCGACGUACAUAAAAAACUGCUAAAUGAGCAUGUGAAGAUACAGCCCAUGUUUGCUAAUAGUUCAGAGCUGAACAAUUUAAGAAAAUUAGGGGCCAAGUUUUUGGUUUAAUUCUCAACUUUAAGAAGUAGUCAAGUGGCAGCAUGUAAUCCAGCAGUAAAGAAGUUAAGGCAGGUUCUAGACCAGCCUCGCCUACAGAAUGAGACUCAAAGGAGGAAUAGAUUGCAACUCCCUUUGGAGCCAGUAGCUCUUCCAGGCCCUUGAUUGGGAGAUGAAGGCCCUCUUCCUCUUGAGCAGUCGUCUGCUGCAUGCUCUGCUCUUGGUGUCCUUACUGUGAGGGAGCACACUCAUUUCCUGUUCAUGUUGACACUUUCUUUUUAAAGCUAAUGUCUUGGGGUGGGGGGAGCAUUGGGGGUAGAAGACUGAUGUACUUGAGGAAUUUCUAGAAUGUUCUACCAGUUAUAAAUGCCAUUGGCACUUAUCAUCACUCUUUUAAAUAAAAAGUAGCUGAGCUUAACUCGCCUAUUAUAUCCAAGUAACUCAUGUGGAGGCAGCUUACACAUAGCCGCACUCUAGCUGUCCCUCCCCCACCUCCCAUAUUUUUCCACCUUUACUAGUGAUGCCUUUUUCAUUAGGCUAUGUCUUCAGGGGAGUUGGUAUAGUGUUGAUAGAAUCAUCUUUAUUUCUGUUCUCAGUGAUCUGUGUCAUGCAUUAACUUGCUUCAUCUGAAUCUGCAUACAUCUUUGUGCCCUCAGCAUCUUCUGUCCCCAGGACUUUCUAUAUUUCUUGUCAGCUGCUUUAGCGUUGUCAAGUUGGGAGCCUAGUUCUUUAAGAAUGCCUGUUUCUGUUUGGAUUUUGUAGGCAUGCAGAGGCCUAGAUCAAGGCAGUUCCAAGAAAACCUGUGCAGACUGACUGAGGUAGCCUAGGGCUUCCUUUGGCUCCCAUGCUGCCAUUACCUCUGAGGCAGAGACGAGACCUUGGGAUGGUCCUAAAAUUUGGUCUACUCCCAAGUCUAGUGCAUAGAGUUGCAGCUUUCCAGCCUAGGAAGGAGUCAGUAGUGCUUAGUAGAGGUUCUGUCCCCUGUGCUGAGCAGCACAGCACAGUGACAUAACUACACUGAGGAGGCUGGUUCAGCUCACUCUACUCCCUUGCCACGUGUUUGUGUUCUAUCUUGACUGUGUGAUGGCAACUCUCCUUUUUUGGACUAGCUCCCUAGGUGCCCCAGGAGGACCCUAAAUGAGAUCUGGACAGUUGAUCUUGAUUAGAAACUGACAGAAGUCAUCCUCAGAGACUUGUACCAUCGAAGAUGAGCUCCCGUGUAUUGCUGGGAGAAACACUUGCCUGCUGGGCUGGUGAGCGUAACUGUUGAACUAGAGCUCAGUUUCUGUUGGUUCAGAUUUGAGCGUAACUGUUGAACUAGAGCUCAGUUUCUGUUGGUUCAGAUUCUCCACUCCUCUCCGCACACUGGCAGAUUGCUGUUGUAUUUUCUGUUCACGAUCCUGUGUGAUAUGCUGAGGGAAGGAGGCCCUUCUGGACCAGCCUCUGCCUCCACACAUGUACACCUAUAUAUCUGAGAAUGUUUACCCCUCCUAGAUAAUAAUACUCUUUAUUUCCCUGGUACCAGUAAACAAGAACAUAGCAGAACCCUGUUAGCCAGAGAGGACAGGAGAGAGGCACACUGACUGGAUCUGCAAAGCUGCCAUCUAAAGAUAAAGUAUGUCCACUUGUUCUCGGACCUUGAAAAGAGUAGGGCUGUUGUAGAGUCCUGCGUGGAUUAACCCUUUAGGACAUGGAAGAGGCAUUGUCAGAGCUAACAGGGUAGUAAAAGGGAAUGGGGAGAGCUCUGUGGGUGGAGCUUGCUUUCCUAGGUUUGCUUCUGAGUUCCUGAACUGCAGUUUAACAUCUUGUUUUUAGCAACCAUAUAAUUUAGGACUAGUGGAACUUACUUCAUAAAAAUUUCACAUACCUAGGUUCCUAAUUUUCAGCAGAUAUAAAGUGGCACGUCUCUUGUUGCGUCAAGGGGCACUGCAGGGGUUGUAGUGCCCAGGACCACUAUUAGUUCCCACAUUAUCUUUUGAUAUUCUUAAGACCCAUACUGUGUUGUGAUUGACAAGGGCCAUGUGAACGUGCGUUCUUGAUCUCGAUGGCCAGCUUCCACCGUGCUCCAUCCUGAGAACCGUUUGCUGAGACCUUGAGAAAUGAUCUUUAGGAAAAUGAGGAUUCAGAAACUGAGGGAAGGGGAGGUGCUCCCUGCAGCUCCUUAUCACCUCUCUGAGGUCAGAGGCAGUGGCUGGUGAGCACAUUGCACACACAAACCCCUUCCUUGUAGACCCUGCACUUCCUCUCCUUUGCAAUCUGAUUCUGUAAUGACUGACUAUCAGUGGAGCUGCCCUGACUUUGUGUUUGCUUGAUAAAAGUAAAUUUGAACAUUUUGUGGUGGUUAAUAGAACUUUGUCCUAAAACUUGCUAAUUCAGACUCUUUAAAACUCUAAUGUUUAUACCAAAGGUUACACUGCAGGUGUAGGUGGUACACAGAGAGUGACACCCACAGCGGGCACUGUGUGCACUGCUAAGGGGACACAGUGCCCAGUGAGACCAUAUGGGAUUUCACUAAAACACAUCAGUCAUGGGUCACACUACCACUGUUGUCAAGUAUUUGUUCUUAAUUGUUAUUGUAAUAUAUUUUCAAUUGUUUUUCUAAUUUAAUUUUCUCACUCUGUUGUCUGACUGUGAACUGCUAACAGUGUUAAAAACUUGAUGUAAAUAAAUGAUGCCCCUGGCAGGGACUGCUUUCUGCCAUGUCUCA